CGAUAUCAGAUUACAUAGGUGGUUUCAUAUAAAACUCUCAUGUGGGAGGUUCACUAACCGGCAUUUCAGCACCACGCCGACUGAGGACAGUUCCAUGUGUUGUCACAGACGCUGGUCUCGUGGAGUGUGGAUAACCUUAAAAUUGAUUCAAUUAAACCGAAUCUGUCGGCACGCGCCAGUCUCAUCUACAGUAGCCCACGGUGAGACAGUCGCAGUCGCUGCUUUGGUCUUAAACAGCAGAGGGUGAAAUCAGUUUCAACUUUUUCCAGGGACAAAAACAUUUUCAAGCUGACUGGGCCAAAAACAAGCCAGGCAAGAUGGAGCCGCGCCUCUCCGCCACAGCCGGUCUGCUUUUAGUGUUCGUCUCAGUAGCCUCAGGGUUCUUCUACACCCCACGCGGGCCCCAAAUGUACCCCUGCCUCACCUACAUGGAGCGCAACAUCCGGGUGGACUGCGAGUUCCCCCCGACCAACCAGCUCCCGGGGCCCUACUGUGAGUUCAAGCAGGACAGCCGUCUGGUGGGCACCACGUACCCCAACGCUGUGGCCCAGGUCUCCUCCGACAACCGGCGGAGGGCCAACGUCAGCCUGGUCACCCCCACGCUCUGCCGCCUCACCUGGGCCCCUAUGGCGGACGAGAAGCCCUACACCUACACCUGCAGGGUGUACCAGGGCAGCGUGUGGAAGGAGAACAGCAUGGGCGUGCACCCGAGAAAUAUUUAUAUCUGCUCUGGCGUCAACAUGAUCCUCCCCUUCGGGCCUUGGCUGCUGGCACUGGUGAUGUCACUUCCUGUAGCCGUGGGGCUUUUGUCUCCGUGACGAUCUGUUUCUGUUUAGAAAGCCCAAUCAAUGAGAUGUUUUUUGAAGAGAUUUUUUUAUAUUAU